AUGACCCGACUGAGAUACGCCCGAAAAAACAUCUUCCACUUCCGGGUGCUUGAGCACAAAAACAAGUCGCUGGCAGUGUGCUUUUCCGCCUCCGCCAAUCUUCUUCCCGUUUCAUAUGUGGCUAACGAUGAAGAGGUCGGGCUUUUUCUGGAGACUCAUUUCAGCUUCUCCAAAGACACCACCGUGGUGAUUGUUGACCGUGAUACUGACAGAAAGUACUCGAUCACGUCCAACCAGAAGCUGGUCAGCUCCCGACUGUCCCGAAACGUCCAAUUGGUGGUCCCCUCGGUAUUCCAAUCCACCGGAGACAGCUACAAGAAUCUCUCUUUUCCGUUUCAGGUUGCCCACAAGUACCUCCGGUCGGGCUAUCCUCUCGCCAACGCCGUGGAGCAUGGCCUUUGGGGCGCCAAUUGCAAAAAGGCGUGGAUUGGUAUUGAUCUAGACAACUUUGAUGAGGAGCUGGACAGUAUCCAAACCGCCUCUAAACCUCAUCAUUUUGUCCACCCGAACUACCACCCCACCCAUUAUCGAUGUGACCACUACCACCCAGCAAACACCAAACUCGGGUUCCCUCCGGGUCUACAUAAAGACACUCUGGAGUCUGCGUUUCUGACCCGGGAGGGCCAGGAGUACGAGUUCCGAACCGGCUGGGUGCCUGUCAAGGAGGUGGCCAGACUGGGUAAGCUCAGAGCGGGCUAUUGA